AUGAGCAAUCCAUGGAGAGUCGCAAGCCCUUACUGUCUCGCGCUUGCUCCUCAGGGAGACUCUCCGGAGCCGAUUUGGUAUAUCGGGUGUAAGACGUUAGAUGGGGAGGACAAGCUCUUCCACUCACGGACCUACUUCGAUCUCAACUAUCCCGAUCUCGCGCAGUGGCUAAAGUCGUUCCCGAAUGCAGCCAGCUUGUGCUUCGUCACCUUCGGCCAGAAGUUCAGCUACUUCGCGUGCGCACCCGGACAGGGCUCGAUAUGGGCUGCUAUACCUUCAGGUCUCGAGGAUAGAGUGAAGAAGUCGCUGGUCACGCCGACUUGUGUUGGCCUUGGGAUGAAAGAUGCCUGGUUCGUUCUGUUUGCGGACGGGCAUCUGGCAUGGAACUUCAACGGCUAUUACACCGGAUUGAAUAAGAUUUUGAUGGAAAGUGCGCCGGGUGCCGUCAGUUAUGUCGCCAUAUCGCCGUACAACAAGCAGCACUACUUCAUCGCCUUCACAGAUCGCCGCGUCAACUACAAUUUCCAAGGAGGUCCCUCAGAAUGGACGCGACUUAUGAAUCAAGUCUUCGAAUUAUGGGCCGCUGAAAGCAAACGAUUGCAAACUGCCAGCGCGCCACGUUGGCAUCAGCCGGAGUCGACACACAUCGUCAGUGCUUCUCGACUACCCAUGGCCAUGCCGGUGUCGCCGACCUCAGUGCCGAGUACGCCGGCGCCGAUGUACGUCAGCCCUGUGCAACAGAACGCCGUACCGGACAUCGCGCCCGUGGAUAAGACGCCAGAGUAUGGUGUUGUCGAUGUACCAGUAGAACUUCCUGGACAAGCAAUGUUCUCCCCGGCAUAUACGAUGGCGAGUGUACCAGAGAAAGAACCAGCGAAGAAGAGGAGAAGCUUCUUAUCCAAGCUGUUCUAG